GGGAUGAAUUGUUGGAGGAAUUGUCAUUUAUCUGCAGUUGUGAAGGUACAAGAAGCAGGCUGUCUCCCUGAAUCCUGUUGGAUUGCUGAAUGAACAAUGUCAUCAAAAAUUGAUGACCCGGGGCCUUCAACAGGGGCUGCUCCGAGGAUGAGCCAGACAACGGUGGCUGAGGACUCUCGGAGCAGUUCUGAGGAGAUGUCAGAAGUGGAGGGGGAAAACGGCGAGGACAAGAGUGUAGACAUUGAAAGGCCGUCCUCAGUGCUGUGGGAGAGGGUCAUCCGCCAAACCAUAUUAAUUGACCUCAGCGAUGAUGAGAGCCUCCACUUCAACGACCUGCAAGGCACCUUCAACAUUUGUCAGUCACAGGAUUCACCACCAGAAGCAAGCUUUCAUUUAAGUGAAAAUAUGGAAGAGUCUGUUUCACAUGAAGAGAGCAGUCUCCUAGACAACAGUUACUCCAACCAGGCAGAUGGGGCCCAGGAAGGCUUGGUCCAAGGAGCUGGGGCUCAGAGCAGUGAAAUGAAGUUGUCGGCACAGAGGCCCAACACAAUGGAGAUGUCACCAACAUAUGGGUAUGAGGAAGCAGGAGACACCAGUGAGGAAGACCAGGAGGACCUUCCAUAUGAUGGAGACCUCAGAAAUGAUCUUGGGAACACCACAGGUGAACAGGACUGCGACACUAUUGACCAGAGCGAAAGAAAGGCUAAACUGGAGAACAAGCCUCCCGCACAAUCUUCUAUUAACCAGGAUACUGUGGACAAUACCCCUUCACCAGUUCUAGAACGGGCAGGCAAGAUGUAUGGCGAGUCUUCUAGAGGGAUCCACAGCACUGGUUCCAGGAUAGGGAUCGCAGAGAGAGCCAACGGUGGUCCAGAGGUCUUUGGCCACACCGGGCCCACUGAGGUUGUGGGACAGAGCCAACCUCAUGAUGCUGCAGCUCAUUCUAACAUCAAAGAGCUCCUGCUUCAGCAUUUCUCUCUGGAUGAGCGGCUCAAUUCCAGCUUGUGCAUUGAGGCCGAGACUAUGCCCGAAGUCUCCUUUGCUGACAGCAUGGAUGAAACAAUACUGAGUAAGGCCCCUCUCUCACUGAAAUUAGGCAGAGACACCAGCGUCACCCCGGGAGACAACAAUGAACAGAGACAAGAGGGCGAUAUGACAGUCCCUGCGGAGGAGGGUAAACAGCAAGCCAAAGAGUCUCAGGGAAGUGAGGACACCCCUCCUACAGGAAGUGAUGGGGAUUCUACAGAGCGAGGUAGGUCUGGUAGCCCUUCUCCAGAUAACGAUGGGGUCCAAAUACAAAGUUCUCUCUUAGGGAGGGCUCGGUCUUUCAAUGAGCUCAAAUAUGGACAAGGCCAAGUUCACUACCCACUUCCGGAUUUUUCCAAGGUGGCCCCCAAAGUUAAAAUCCCUAAAGCAAGUGCUGCCAGUCACCAGCCAGGCAUCCUCAGGGCCCAGUCCUCUCCAGGCAUGCUGGGUAAAUCCGCAGCUUCCUGUAAGGCCACUGUGGACCUCAUUAACAAAGUCCUGGAGGACUCCGUUCAGCCAUCGGAAACGCCAUUCGUGUUCAGUGACCAGCCAAAGCAGCAAGACCCACCAAAGUCAACAGAGCUUGUGCACCACUUACAGGCUGAAUAUGAUAAAUUAUUGACCAAAUAUGCAGAGGCAGAAAACUUGAUUGAUCAGAUGAGACUUGGGACUAAACAGGCACAGGGCUCAGUGGACCCUGGGGCUUUUGAGGACCUGGAGCUGCUGGAGGUUCAGGUUCUUGAGAAUUGUGGGCAUCAGCUGGACCAGCCCCUGAAACGCACUCACUCCACCUACAGAGGCCUGUCUACAGGGUAUCCGGAAGACCUGGAUAAUCCAAACCAUGGCCCAGCACAGACAGACCAAACACAGCCGAGCGAUGGAGAAAGAAUGGCCACAGAACUCAUGGAAAUUAUAAGCCAGUACAUGCAAAAGGUGGAAGACUUUCAAAACUGCCUGAACCUCAUGUCUAUUGGAAUUAGUGAGCAGCAGAUGGUCUUUAAGAGUAUGAUGGAUGCCCAGGAUCAACUAGAGAGGAAUUAUAUCGCCAAGAAAGAGGAACACCGAGCUCUUGAAAUGCAGAAUUACAUGGGCCUAGCAAGAAACACUGGGGAAUUUGAUCCAGAGAGGAAAGUGGAAGGGGAGAUAUUCAGAAUUAGCAUGCGCCUGGAAGACAUCAGAGAGCUGAUUGAUAGAAACGUCCGCAGCCAGCUCUCACCCCCUGCCUCCUCCUCUGCCCCUGCACCCUCACUGCCAUCGGACUCAAUCUUCUCCUCCCCACCAUCACCGUGUGAGGAGCCCCCUUGUUAUUCACAGAGUGUGGGGACAGAGGAAGAAAUGGUGGGGUCGGACCAUAUGCUUGCCCAUGUUCCACAGCCCUGUGACGAUCCCUUAUCAACUACACAGUCUAGCGAGAACGCUGGUGACAGUUUUAACCACCCAGACGCGUCCCAGGAGAGGCACGGCUUGGGCAGAUGUGCGGAGGAAGAGGAAGACCACGCGACCGCGGGGAAAGUACGCGAUGGAACACAUCUGGCUUCGCUGAACUUGACUCCGCCCAGCCCGCCGGAGGCAUCCAAAAGGUCAGGCCCUGUGUUACCUUGGGCCUGUGGAGAUAGUGUUCCUCAUUCCCCUGUCAGACAGACACAGGCCCUCUUGCUUCAAGCACAGGUGCAGAGAACAGUGACACCCGAGACAGACAGUGGGUUCGGGGGCUCGGACCUUAGCCUUCCGGCUGCGGAACAAACACCGUCCCAGUCAGAGACAGAGAGGUCAUGUUUAUAUUCUGAACAGUACUCGACUCCCAUUAACACGAGUGGCUCAGACAGCGAGACAUCCUGCUCUGCUAUCCAGAUGACCACUGUCCAAAAUGUGUCAUCAUGGAAACAGGGUGAAGGCCAAAUCAACAGAGCAGACCAUGGUAUAUAUGGUAGUGAAGGAGUUAACAAUGGCCUGAUUGGAGGUGAAUCUCGCACUUCAAGGCAGCCUGGCCAAUGUGGCGCAGAUGGCCAUCUGGUACCGCCCCCUCAAACGCUCAUGCUGUCCAAUGAUUGGCCACAUGGACACGUAGCGCCAUCUGAGGUUCACAGCCACACCUGCUCCUGUCACAACGAGGCUAUCUCAACCCUGCAGUUGGAGGUGGCCAGGCUGAAACAGGAACUUGAGGAAAGCCUAUUUCAGCUACCUCAUAUCACUAAGAGGAUGGACUACCUGGCCUCCAGGUACAAGCAGGAGAAGAGGUCCAAAUCCAGGCCAAGGGCCCACAUGAAAACUUUGAUGAAUACAGAUUCAAACCUCUUCAAAGUCGAAGACUGGAUUUCUUCAGAUAUGGAGCCAAGUAAGACUCAAACGUGGCCGACUUCCUUUUCAAAUCUAAAUUCACUUAAUCUGCAGUGUUUCGCGACGGUUUUCAGCUUUUUUUAUAUGUAUGACGUGAUGGGUUACAUUCAAUAUGACGAUGUAUAUAGAAAUGACCUAGUUCUGCAUUGCGCUUGCGCUGCAACAGAUGGGGGUGACUCCUGCCAACCCGUGAGGUCGGAACAUUCCAGCACUUUCAAUCAAGUCAGCGAAGGAGGGGAUGGCAGGCGAGGGGAGCCGCGCAGUGCAAGGCGCCAGUCUGCGGGAGAUGUGGAAAGCACCUACCCAAAGGGGAGUCCUUUUCCAAAUUUGACGCAAACCCUACAGAAGCCGCUGCUACAAGUCAACUACGGUUCCUCCUACAGUUUGCCUGCAGGGUUCAAGGUCAUGGAGCCACAGUCUGCAGGCCAACACAGAGGACGCUCCACCCAGUCAGACUCGGCCCUCCUGCCCAGCAACAUCUACUUCCAGAGGCCGCAGGGCAAGCCUCGAGCCUGCUCACGGGCCAGCAGCACCAGCACACACAGAGGCAGUGAGGAUGAAGAUAUCAGCAGGACACUGGACAGAGCCAUCGAGGCAGCGAGGAGCAUGAAGCGUCGGACAGACAGGAUGGCUGAGAGCCUUUCAGCUGACCUGGCCAAAGCAGAGCUGCAGAGUAAACUGUACCCACGGCGACGUCGAGAGAACUCAGACUCCUAGCUAGCGACAGAGCAACAAGACUUUGUUAAACUGCUAAAUUUGUGGAACUACCGUGAGGCAUCAGUCACUCGCUAAUUAGAGCCUGGUUAUGUCAAAGCAAGUCAGGGAUUCUUUUAAGAUGACAGCGCAUAUUAGCGCUGCCCAUUAUAGGGUUCAUGCAGUCCCACUUAGCCAUCGCUGAAAGUAACAUUUUUAAGCCUUCAGAGGAAAUGUCUAAACCUUUACAGUGAAUUUGUUUGACAUGGACUACAUUUGAUACGCUUUGAGAUUUAAUAAAAUCGCCUUGGGGCCUUUAUAUCUGACAUUUUACUAGUUUUUUGUGUAUGUAUAUAUUACCUGACUCUAAUAUAUUUGUAAUAAAUAUACGUAUGUUUGUUUGUCUCUUUCA